UCCUGUAGUCAACAGCCUGGGCGUCGCUGCGCUGCUCCUGCUGCUGCGUAGAAACCAAACACCUCACAACAGUCCAGACCAGCGCCAUUAGAGCCGCGGGCGUCUCUUGUAUAAAGAAGAAGUCGAUAUAAAGUGUGGAAAAAAAUGCACUCGGCCGCACUGGACAGCAGUGGUUCUCCGAGGAAGCGGACUGUUUCUCGGGGAAUGAGCGAGGAUGAGUCCCUGCGCAACAUCAUAAAGGAGACGGACAGCUCCACCAGACGGCUGCCCCGGAGCGACAGCAGGACGGGAACCCUGAGGAAGAGGACUGACAGCCAGCAGUCCGACCAGGACCUCUUCAUGGGACUCCCAGAUAUGUUGGAGCUGCAGGCCAGCUACGAUGAGGCGGUGCAGGAGCUGCGUGGGCUGGAGGUCGAGCGAGAGGCUCUGUUGUUCCAGGUGGACGUCUUGCAGGACUCUCUGGAGGGCGUAGAGGAGCUGCUGGCCGAAGCCCAGAGGGAAGCUGGACAGGCCGGUUUGGCACUGGAACGCGAGAGAGAGGAGAAGAGGAAACUGGAGAGCCUGGUUUGCUCUCUGAUGAAGGAGGUGGAGAGAUUAAAAGAGGAGGCAACCAGCCACCAUAACGAAGAGAGAGACUCCCUGCUGUGUGAACCUUGCAGCACCAAGCUUGCCAACGGCGGGGUGGCGGGUCCAGAGGAAGGGGGACGGACAGCAGGGGGCGUUCUCACAAAACCGCGACGGAUGGUCAACCAGCUCCCGGCCCCGCUCCGGUCUCUAUCGCUGGACGGCGUCGUCGCCACCGACGGCGUUCUCCAGAGGCCGUACGACAGCCACCGCCAGGACGGGCGGGAUCCAUCUCCUGACAGGAACGACUCGGACAAAAGUGCCUACGAGGAUGCGUCUGCCGAGACUCCGGAGCAGGACCGGACCUUUCCCGGGGACGGAGACCUGCCUCACGAUUCAGAGGACAAAGGAAAAUGUCCAGCUGACGACAGCCAGACCCAAGACUCCGCCAACCCGGACGCCUGCGUUUUGUCUUAAAUUCAUCUGACUUUAAAGGUGAACCUUUUUCUUUUUUUUCUUUUCUCGUCUGGUAAAAUACAAGAGCUUUUCCUUUAUAAUUAUCAUCAGAGAGAACUUUGAUCUGAGCUGAUUAAAUAAAUCAAAAACAUUUCAUCAGCUGCGUUUUCCACUGAAUGUUUACCGUUUCAGUUGCCCUUUAAGCUAGAUUGCCAAACAUUUCCUAAAAAGGCAAGAAUGAGCUUUUUCUUUGUCGCAUAUCGAGUCAUUCGGUCGUCACGAUUUUUAACUAAACGGAUACUUUUCCUUCGGCGUUAUUUAUAAUUUUGUUACCAAAUCGCUGUAGUACGUAUUCACUA